AUGAGUUUUGGCUUCAUCUUUGCAGCUGCAGGUCCCAUAUUAGCUACAUUAGGUGUAUAUUUUAUCUCGGCAUGUAAUCUUCACGCAAGCGUUGCAAUGAGUAAAUCAUUUAUGGUCGUACCAAUACAUGUACGAACUUUCAGUGAUCUGAGUUACUAUGCAUUUGGAGAAAUUGGACGUUUCAUUGUCGUGCUCUCCGAGUGGGGUGUAUGCUUUUUAAGUCCAAUUGCGUUCUUCAUUUUUGGUGGAACAAUUCUUCUGCCAUGUAUUUUUGCAGGAUCUUCAUAUGAAGAAUGGGUUCCAACACAAUGGAUCAUUGUCAUUAGUCUCGUCGUGCUACCUAUUUUAAUGAUUCCAACACUAAAAGCUGCAGCUCCAUUAGCCUGCAUGGGUGGUCUAAUGGCUGUCUUAGCUGAUACCAUUUGCAUCCUUUCUAGUCUCCAAAGUAUCCAUUCGACACCACGAGAGACUUACAUUCAAGCUCACAAUGUAAUUCCGACAUUUGGUACAAUUCUUUUUGCUACGGGCACAGCAAUUAUUGUCCCAUCUAUUCAACGGCAGCAUGCAAAUCCAGCACGCUUGGCGAAUCUCGUGUCGCUUACGUUGCUUUUUAUCACUUUAAUAUACAUGCUCAUUGGAAUUGUGACAUACCAUCAAUUCGGCUGUAUGGCUCCAGCUACUCUACUAGACCAAUUACCGAAAGAAAGUCCGGCACGAAAAGUGGCUUCAGCUCUUCUGCUUGCUCACAUUAUAAUCUCCUUUCCAUUGCUACUCAAUCCUACAAUGUACGAUCUGGAGCGCUAUAUUCUCGGCAAAGAUAUAGACCACGAAGUACUACAACAAGUUGUAAACCAACGUUUUGCAGAUAAUUCGUCCAGAUCAAGUCUAUCAAUUUCUGCAAAUAUUGUAGCUACCGAGGAUACACUCAAGCCGACAGCGUCGCAUGAUUUCGAAGAAGAACUUUUGUAUGGUGAUAAUGCUCCGUACGUCCAAGUAAUGUCGCCAUCUUCGAAUGCUAGUGACAAGCACACAUUUGUUGAAGAGACCUAUACAAUUUCCGAUCGGGUGAACAGUUCAUUUAUUCGUGCGAUCACAGUUUGGUUGCAAGCUUUUCUUGCCAUCACAUUUCAAGCAUCUUUUAACGACAUCAUCAGUCUAAUCGGGUCAACAGCAAUCUCCGUCUCGUGUAUGAUUAUGCCAUGUUUGUGUUAUCUUCGUCUUCACCCAAUUGCUACAAAUACAUUUCAAGGAAAAUGUGACUAUUUGAUGUGUUACUUGACAAUCAUUAGCAGUCUAGUACUUGGUAUUUAUUGCGCUUAUAUCACAAUUGGAAACAUUAAACGCGAUAUGAUGGAUUUUCGCGUAUUUCAAGGUAUUGAAACGAGUAACCACGUAAAUGUCAAACAAAAUGACGAGUUUCCAUACUGUUACGAAGGCGAACGAAAUUAA